AUGUCUCAGAACAACCCCUCCCAGCUCCUCCCCUCAGAGCUGAUCGACCGGUGCAUCGGAUCCAAGAUUUGGGUGAUCAUGAAGGGAGACAAGGAGCUCGUCGGCACCCUCUGCGGGUUCGACGUCUACGUCAACAUGGUCCUCGAGGACGUCACUGAGUAUGAGUAUACCGCCGAGGGCCGGCGCAUUACGAAACUUGAUCAGAUCCUCCUCAAUGGCAACAACAUAGCCAUCUUAGUUCCUGGUGGUUCACCGCCAGAUGCUGCAUGA